GGGGGACCCAUGGGGCAAUCCCAUGUCCGUCUCAAAUCUAAAGGCGCAGGGCCUCAAGAGCCCCAGUCAUGACUACUUCGAGCGCGGGAAUCUCGACAGCUUCAGCGGCCGCGGUGCCUGCAUCGAGCCGCCAGCCUGCCGCCUCAACCUGACCUGCGAUGGAUCGGGGGAGCACCACGGCUGGUACGUUGACUACAUUGAGGUCACAUCGACAGGGCCGCACAAGCCCUGCAGUCAGAGUGUUUUCUACGUGGACCGUUGGCUGGCCUCCGACGCUCCACCGUUUGAGUUGACGGCAGUUGUUGAUGGGUGUGAAACGUGGGAUGAGUCGCCGGAGCACGGGAUGAAUGCGGCGUUUGAGGUUAGGACUUAGGAGACUCCCUUGUUUUCUUCUUCUUUAGGCCAUCUUUUUGUUCGAAUUUUGAUGGUUCAGAUCCAUUUUGGGUGGGUUUUGUUAGAGGAAAAUCAAAAUUUUGAUCAUUAGAAAUUUUCUUUAAAACUUUAAGAAAAUAAAAGUUUUGAUUAAUU